AUCACUAGACUUUCAGUUGCAGGCAUCUGUGGUCAGUCUUUUUUUCACGAUCUUUUCCCUCUUUUUUAUUUCCUUCAAGUACAUUAUAUUCCUCUUUCAAGAUCAAAAUGGCUGUCCUUAACCUUGUCACCUUGGCCUUGGCCCUUUCUUCUCCGGCCAUGGCCCGUCCUCGCCCUCAGUUUGGCAACGGAGGCGAUGCCCAAACACCCGGUGCUGGUCUCGGCGGUGCUCUCCCUACUACCCUUCCUAGUGGUGGUUCUGGUCUCAUUCCUUCUGGUCUUCCAAACCUAGGAGGCGGUAAUGGAGGUGCCAUCCCAACCCCUGGCAGUGGCUUCAACUUGCCCGGCAGCGGCAGUGGUAACGAUGCUCCUGCUACCACUCCAGGCACUGGCGGUGGCUUCUUUGGUGGCGGCCGUGGUGGUGGCAUUCCCGGCCUUGGAAACCUCCCAUUCUUUGGAGGAGGUAACGGAGGUAAUGGAGGUGGCUUCUUCGGCGGUGGCGGCAACAACAAUGAUCCCCCCGCCGCAGCUCCAAGUGGCGGCCUGUCUGGAGGGAAUGAUGGCGACACCGGCGAUGAUGCUUCCGCCCCCGCUCCUAUUCAAACCCCGGGCACCGGAGGUGGUGUGCAAGGUGCAUCCAGUGGCUUCCGAGGCCGUGGUCGAUCUCGCAACCAAGACUCCCCUCAGACCCCUGGAGGCAGUGGUAACUCUGAUGGAGGAAACGGUGGCGGCCUCGGUGGAAGCCAGCCCGGCGGUGCCAUCCCUACUUUCGUUGCUGGACCUGGCAACGGUUUCGGCGAGGGUGGCAAUGGUGGAAACGGUGGAAAUGGAGGAAACAACGAUGCUACUGAGGCUCCUGUCGCUCCCACUCUUGUCCCCUCCCCAGGCAGUGGACUUGAGGGUCCUGGCACUGCUCCCAGCGGUGUCAUCCCUACUUUCGUUGCUGGACCAGGAAACGGUUUCGGUGAGGGUAACAGCCCUGGCACCCCUAGCACUCCUAUUCAGACUCCUGGCAGCGGAAACCAGCCUGGAGGUGGUCUAGGUGGAAGCCAACCCAGUGGUACCAUCCCUACUUUUGUCGCUGGACCCGGCAAUGGUUUCGGUGAGGGCGGCAACUCUGGCAGCCCUGACACUCCCGUCCAGACACCCGGCAGCGGAAACGGCAGCCUCCCUGGCGGUAACCAGCCUGGUGGAAGCCUUCCCGGUGGUGAUCAGACUCAGCCCGGCGGUGUCAUUCCCACCUUCGUCGCUGGACCCGGCAACGGUUUCGAUGGUGGUAACGGUCCCGUCGCUACCCCUGCUCCCGGUGCUGGCCUUGGUGGCGGUAACAACAACACUCCCGAUGUCCCUGAAGCUCCCGUCCAGACCCCGGGAGCCGGUAGCGGCAGCGGAACCCAGCCUGGCGGUGCUAUCCCUACUUUCGUUGCUGGCCCCGGCCAGGGCUUCGGUGGUGGCAACGGCCAGGACGGAGGCUUUCAGAAGCGAGCUCGAUCCUCCAAGUAAACGGAUUCAUGUUGAAUAGACAAUGAUUUGAUGGAUCUUCUAUGUUUAGGAAAUGAAGAGGAUAGUUCGUAUUCCUAUAAUUCUCGGGUGAGAAGCAGGGCUUAGCACUUCACUAUGUAUCUACCUCCAUGGCAGCACCUUGAGUUGUCGAUAGAGCAAUUUUGGCGAACAUAUCUUCCUUCCAGUGCAUGUACUUUGUCCGUUUCGCAUCGCUGAGAAAGUCGUACUUG